GCAACGUGCAUCAAUUCCUCUCUGACCCGACUGUUAAUCUGCAUUCAGACUGAGGCUCCAAUGGUUUUUCUCAGCCGUUCUAUACUGUUAUAGUUUAUUCCCUGGGACUCGUUACUUUUGUAGGCCGAUUGUCGAGUCGGCAGCACAGGAAAAAAAGACAACCUAAACGAAAUCCGGCUUCUCCUCGAUUUAGUGUUACCCGACAUUCCUCCGACGCACGUCCGUCUCCGGUCCAGCUUUGCAGAACCGCGUCUGCCAGCGUGCGUAAUGCAUCGUAAAGAGGAAGCACAGUAAAUAGACGGAGACGUCCAUCUGCAGGAAAGAGGAAACGAAGAUGGUGAUGACAGCUUCACCAAAUUCAACCUGCAAAUGCUCGACAGCAAUGGCGAAGCCUUCCCUUCCCCUAAAGCUCUUCCUCUGGGUGUUUAUCCUCAUUAAUCUUUCCAAAAGCUCCCUCCAGAACGAUGACGAUGACGAGGUGUCUAACAAGACGUGGGUGCUUACUCCCAAAGUGUACGAGAGUGAUGUCACGCACAUCUUAAAUGGCCUGCUGAAAGGAUACGAUAACAAGCUCAGACCUGAUAUUGGAGUCAAACCGACAGUGAUCCACACGGAUAUGUUUGUCAACAGCAUUGGCCCAGUGAAUGCCAUCAAUAUGGAAUACACCAUCGAUAUAUUUUUCGCUCAAACCUGGUACGACAGAAGGUUAAAAUUCAACAGCACAAUGAAGGUCCUUCGUCUCAACAGCAACAUGGUCGGGAAGAUCUGGAUCCCAGACACUUUUUUCCGCAACUCAAAGAAAGCCGACGCCCACUGGAUCACCACACCCAAUCGUAUGCUCAGGAUAUGGAACGAUGGAAGAAUACUUUACACCCUCAGGUUGACCAUCGAUGCCGAGUGCCAGCUUAAACUGAACAACUUCCCCAUGGAUGAGCACUCGUGUCCCCUGGAGUUUUCAAGCUACGGAUACCCCAAGGAGGAGAUUGUGUACAAGUGGAAAAGGAGCUCAGUGGAGGUUGGGGAUAUUCGCUCAUGGAGGCUUUACCAGUUCUCCUUUGUGGGCCUGAGGAACAACUCUGAAGUUGUCAGAACGGUUUCAGGUGACUAUGUGGUGCUCACUGUCUUUUUUGACCUGAGCAGGAGGAUGGGCUACUUCACCAUCCAGACUUACAUCCCAUGUACUCUCAUCGUCGUCCUCUCCUGGGUCUCCUUCUGGAUCAACAAGGAUGCAGUACCUGCAAGGACCUCAUUAGGCAUCACGACUGUGCUGACCAUGACCACACUAAGUACCAUUGCCAGAAAAUCUCUACCCAAAGUGUCAUAUGUGACCGCCAUGGACCUGUUUGUAUCUGUCUGCUUCAUUUUCGUCUUUGCUGCACUCAUAGAGUAUGGCACACUGCACUACUUUGUCAGCAACAGGAAGCCGAGUGCCAAGAAGGACAAGAAGAAGAAAAACCCGCUCCUCCGGCUCUUUUCCUCAAAGCAGACACCAACUGUAGACAUCCGUCCACGCUCUGCUACAGCCAUCCAGAUGAACAACGCCACACACAUGCAGGAGCGAGAUGAGGAAUAUGGUUACGAGUGUCUCGAUGGGAAGGACUGCACCAGUUUCUUCUGCUGUUUUGAAGACUGCCGCUCUGGAGCCUGGCGGCAUGGCAGGUUGCACAUUCGCAUCGCAAAGAUAGACUCAUAUGCUCGUAUUUUCUUCCCCACUGCAUUUGCUCUCUUCAAUCUGGUCUACUGGGUCUCCUAUCUCUAUCUCUAGGCACCGGUAUGAAUCCAGCUUUAUCCUACAGUUCAUUACAUCCUACAUACACGCUGCGCCAGCAAAUGACAUUCAAGGAAGGGACCCACAGAAAUACCCCCAAAGUUAAUUUGAUUUUCUUGUAUUUACAUUGUUUUAUUCCCUUUAAAACUUUCAUGCAAAUGUUGUAGCAUUACAUUUAACUGGUGUGAGACAGUUUAGAGUUAUGUUGUAAAAGCAUCAACUGUGUGAGAGAAUAAUUUGAUUUUAAGGUGUUUUUUUAAUUACUAUUUCUCAGUCUGUGCACAUAUCAGGUAGAAUGUUCACUUUAUACUGUAGAAUUUAAAAGACCAAGAUAAAUGCACAAGUCCGAGUAAUGUCAACAAUCACAAUACGUUUAACUAAAAUAAUUUGGAGAAAGAAUGGCAUCCAUUACAUGGGAUUUAAUUACAUAAAAAGGCAUGAUCACUGCAGACAUAGCACUGAAAUAAUCACGUUACUACUAAAUGUUUUCCAAUAAAUCUUUCUUUAUAAUUUCUCCUUUAAAUGUUUUCUCUUAAAAAUCUAAAUCUAAAGCACUUUAUGAGAGCUAUGUUAAACAGAAAUUGUUUUUCAUUCUGACAAAAUGUUCCUCAUUGUCUUCAGCACACACAUGUGUGAUGAUAUAUCACAUUAAUCAUGUGAGGUCAGACUAAAAUGAUGCUUUUUAUCAAUAAUGCUUAACUGUACAGACACUGUAUAUAUUUUAUUAUUAGAUGGUGGUUUACUUUUAUUGCAUGCACUUUUGAGGCCAAAAAUAUUUAUUUUGUGGUCUUCUGCUGUUGGCUAUGAAACCUUAAAAAAACUAUCAAAAAUAAAGCAGCAAUGCAAAUUUCCAUUUUAUUAUUUAUUAAUUUAUUUGUUUAUUUGUUCAUUUAUUUACUUAUUAAACUUGAAAUCUUAUAAGUAGCCUCAGAAUACCAAUUUCUAAUGCAGGCUUAUUUAUUUAUUGAAUCAGUGCAGUAUUUCAGGGGAAAAAAACUGUCAAAUAAUUUAUUUCAAUCAUUAUUUCAUGGCGCUCUCCAUUUCCUCUUAAACUCAUAAUUACAAACAACACUCUUCAACUUGGGUUAUACAAGCUGCUAAAGUGGGAUGCAAAAGUUUGCGCAGCCCUGAUAAUCUUCAUGAUUUUCCUGUAUAAAUUGCUGGUUGUUAUGAUGAUUUUUUGUUGUUAAAUAUAUCAGAUAGGGGACACAGGGUGAUAUUUGAGAAGUGACAUAAAGUUUAUAGGAGUUAUGGAAGAGGUGCAUUAAUUGUUGCAUACAUUUGGGCACCACGAAAAAGAAACUACUAGUUUUUCCUCCUUUUGCAGAAAUAACCCUCUAAAUUCUUCUUAUAGCUUCCAAUGAAAGUCUGGAUUCUGGCUGAAUGUAUUUUGGACCAUUCUUCUCAACAAAACAUCUCUGGUUCUUUCAGGUUUGAUGGCCUCUGAGCGUGGACAACUCUCUUUUACUCACACCACAAAUGUUCAAUAAUAUUCAGGUCUGGGGACUGAGAUGGCCAUUCCAGAACGUUCUUCUUGUUCCUCUGCAUGAAUGCCUUAGUAGAUGUUGAGCAGUGUUUAGAGUUGUUGUCUUGUUGAAAGAUCCAGCCCUGGUGCAGCUUCAGCUUUGUCACUGGUUCCUGGACAUUGGUCUCUAGAAUCUGCUGAUAUUGAGUGGACUCCAUGCGCCCCUCAGCUUUAACAAGAUUCCCAGUCUCUGCACUGGUCACACACCCCACAGCAUGAUGGAACCACCACCAUGUUUUGCUGUAGGUAGCAGGUGGGUGUUUAUUUAUUUAUUUUGGGAAUUUUGUGUUAUUUUUCCUCCAUGCAUAAGGCCUUUAUGUCCAACUAUCUCAAUGUUAGUUUCAUCAGUCCACAUCACCUUAUUCCAAAAUGAAGCUGGCUCAUCCAAAUGUGCUUUAGCAUACCUCACGUGGCUCUGUUUGUACUGUGGGUGGAGAAAAGGCUUCCUCUGCAUCACUCUCACAUACAGCAUCUCCUUGUGUAAAGUGCGCCGAAUAGUUGAACGAUGCACAGUGACUCCAUCUGUAGCAAGAUGAUGUAGGUCUGUGGUGCUGAUCUGUGGGUUGACUCUUGACUGUUCUCACCAUUCUUUGCUUCUGUUUAUUCAAGGUUUUCAUUGGUCUGCCACAUGGAGCCUUAACUCGAACUGAACUUGAACAGGGUGUGUCCGUGGACAUCCAUUUUCUCAAAAUGUUCCUAACUGUGGAAACAGACAGCUGAAAUCUCUGAGGCAGCUUUCUGUAUCCAUGCUCUAAGCCAUGACGGUGAACAAUCUUUCAGGUCAUGUGAGAGUUGUCAUGAUACCCCAUGUUGCUGCUCUUCUGAGAACAUUCAAAGAGGAGGGAAACUUACAAUUGGCCCCUUCUUUCUCAUAUUGGAUUCACCUGUGCAUGAAGGUCAAGGGUCACUGAGCUUAUUAAACCUGUUUUGAGUUCCAAUAAUUUGGUCUAAAUGUUUUGGAAUCAACAAAAUGUCAACAGUGCCCAAAUGUAUGCACCUGCCUAAUUUUGUUUAAACAAUUAUUUCACACUGUCUGUAAAUCUCAAACAUUCUUCCACUCCUCAAAUAUCACUGUGUGUCUCCUAUGUGAUAAAUUUAACUGAAAUGUUGUAUUAUAACAACCAACAAUUUAUACAGGAAAAUCAUGAAGAUUAAUAAGGCUGCCCAAACUUUCACACCCCACUACAUGGGAAACAGAACUGUGAAAAAACCUGAUUUUAAUGGAGCUGAACCAAAAAACAAAAAAAAAAAAGUAUGGUAAUUGGAAAUGUCUGCAGUUGUGAUGUUGUCCAUGGGAAAAUUUUGGAACAAAGAAAACAAAAUCAAAUCUUCAAGGCUCAAAGGAGCCUCAACGUGAUAGUUUUGCUUUUUGAGUGUGGUUAAUUGUGUGAUCACAGCAACAUUUGGCUUGCAGACGCAGAUCAAUAGGAAGCACAACAUGGAAAAUGUUGGUGUUCCAGGUCUGAACCCAAUGUGUAAAAACAGAUCAUUCUAAUUACAACGCCCUCACCAAUUGGUUUCAACAAACACCAGUAUGCAACUGAUAGUGCUGCAGUAUUGAUUUGUAAAACUCAUAGGAAAUAGGUGUAAAUAACAUUGUUUAUGUACAUAAUUUAUUAACAGGAGACAAACAUCUGGCAUUUUCUAAAAGGUUAUAUAUAUAUUUUGUAACUUUAGGCUUAUAGAGUACAUCAUUAUUCACUCUAACAGACCUAUUGUAUCAUGCUGACCAUGCAACAUAAUGGAUGUGUGGGAGAGGUGCAAUGAUUAUUUAUUAUAUAUUUGUUGAUGGCAUUUUUAUUUUAUUUUUAUUUAUUUUUUAAGAAAACAACAUGUAUUUAUGCUCAUACAGCCCCUGGGAAAAUAAAAAAAUAUAACUCAGAAUGCUGUCAUUUAUAUCAAUGAUGCAUUAUUGUUUAAUGUGUCAAUAUACCUUGAGCUUAUUUAUCUUGUGUUUCUCUAUGUUGUGAUUAAUGUGCACUACUCUCACAAAGGCCUGUCAAACUGUUAUUAUUGUUGAGUGACUUGCAACAUUAUCUGUUGUGCUGCUUCUGAGUCGUGGAUUUUAUUUAGAUGACUUAGUAUUAUAUAAAAAAAAAGGAAAAUUAACAGUUUCGUAGCCACCAGAAGGAGUGCAUCUGCUUGUCUCCUCUCAGUUUCUCUUACAACACAAGCUUGUUUCAGUCUUAUAUUUUUUGUUAUAAUCAGUCAAGUAUAAAACAUUUAUUAGAUUAUUUCAUAAUUCCAAAAACGUCUCUCCUUGUAUUUCAGAAGGUGAUCCUGCUGUGAUCCAAAGCUGCCACAUAGUAGUCCAAACUCGUCUUCAGUGUUGUUUCUCACAUUUGUAUGAACAUGAGAUUAUCAGUAGCAAUAGGCUGGUCAUAAUCAGAGGAAAAAAGCGUAAGCAGGAUAUUAUAAUGUGCCAAACCUAACCCACACACAUGCACAGAGAUAAUGGAAGUUUUAUAUUAUGUGUUUAAUAACACUGAAGCAGACAUGGAUGUGUAGGUGUUCUAGAAUUACAUUUCCUCAGGUUUUUUACUUGUUUCCGCCUAUUCUGUUCUGUCAACGCAUAAAUUGACAUGUCACAAAGAAACGUAAAUGCAAAUCACCUUGAUGGCAUUUGAUUAUUGGGAGAUGGCGAGCUGGAAGACAUUUGUGCCUGAUGGCUGAAAGUGGAAAAAAAAUCUAUUUUGAAGAAGUUGACCUCAUUCGUGCUCGUAAUCAUUUGCCUCAUGAAGACAUUACUGUUUACCGUUCUUGUGUUUGACAGAGCUGCUAUAUUUAUUUUCAAACUCUUAGAAAAGACCCAUAUACAAUAAAAACAUUAUACAAAUGUUAUAUAUCCCUUGUAUUGUGUUGGAAAGCUGUUUACACCUGUGGUGUUAGUGAGUCCAUUUGGACCCAUGAGUUAAAAAUGCUUGAAAAUGUUUAAAAUCUCCAGUUUGCUUCGAAUGUUGUUUUUCACUUAAUUGCUGGCUUAGUAUGUAUUCAUAUAAAUGGAACCAGUGUGUGAAAUGUAUUUUAGUUGGCUCCACAGACACAGUAUUUUAAAAUAUACCACUCAUUUUUGAUUGCAAAAACUGUUUAAAUUCACUAAAUAUGUCUUUUUCUUAUAUAAUGAUUAAUAAUAAACAAUAACUGUGUUAUAAACUAAUAUUAGAGUACACCUACCAAAAAUAAUUAUAAUUUUUUUUACUAUUUAAAAUUAUUAGCAAUAGUGACAUCUUUGUUGUUUCAGGUCAAAACAAACCUGCAUCGAUAAAUGGUAGGAUAAAGCCAACAGGUCAAAUUUUUCCCAUAAAACCAACUUUUAUUUAACCAGACCAAUUAACCAAACAAUUUAACCAUAAAAUGAACAAUGAUAAACAACACUGUGUGUGUGGUUUUGUGCACGCACAUUAGGGGUUGCAUCAACUAGUCGACCACUGCUCUGCACUUACUUUUUAUGCCUUUCAUAGACUAGUCGCUGUCACGUGAUAAUGACCGACAAGAUGGAGUUCUCGGAAAAGACAGCAGGUGACAAGCCCCUGCGCUCUGUGCCAGAGCAUUGGUAUCUGACACCUGCGGUAAAACGGACAUUUGACCGAAUUGUGACCUUUACCCUCUCCCCUCACCCCCAUCCCAUCCUUAACCAGUUUGUGAAUUCAAACCUUUGUUUUGCGUUUCAUCGUUCCUCUCAAACACGCUUAAUGGAAAAUUUAGACUGACAUAGUGGGUAAAGGUUAGGUUGGGGGUGAGGGGAAGGUUAAAUAGCAAGAGGGUAAAGGUCACAAUUCAGUGAAAUCUCCAUUUUACCACGGGCGUCAAAAAGCAACGCACUGUGCCAGAGCGUCUCCUCCUGACGUGUGUCGGAAAAAAACGCUUGGCCACCCAUCGUCACUUUUAGCCAAUUCAGGUGUAUGACAUCAUCAAUGAUUAGUCGAAGUCGACUAGAUUUUCAUUACUUGACUGUCGACUUUUAAAAACAUUAAGGUCAUGCAGCCUCUAGCGCACAUGUACAUGCAUUGAUCAUAAACUGAACGUUGAAAAUAAUAUGGUGCAGGUAUGUUGUUCUGAAUUAGCCAUAAUCUAAACAAUGGAAACAAUGAAAACAAACCAUAAUUUGAAGUGUGUGUGUGUGUGUGUGUGUGUGUGUGUGUGUGUGUGUGUGUGUGUGUGUGUGUGUGUGUGUGUGUGUUGGUGAUGUGGACUAUAACAAUGCACACUGGGGGCCAUAACUGAUCCUCAGAGCAAGGCAUAGCUUUUAAGUGAUGUAUACAACAGCCAGUUUUCUCUGCUGGGUCAUUUUGGACCCGUAACACCACAGAUGUAACUUAUCUUUUUUUUUUUGAGACCUUUAGAAUUUACUAAAAAUGUGAAAAUUCAUUUUGCUGCAUUUAAAUAGGUGUGUCUGAGGAUUAGAUGAAGCCUCAUUCCAGGAUAACAAGAGGAAAGUGUACUUUUUGCACAGUUAAACUUGAAAGCAGGUCCAUUUUGACCCGUAACACAACAGAAGGGAUAUAAAUAUAUAAGUGUAUGUCCAAGAGAACCGGAAAUACAGGGCUCAGUAAAAAAAAAAAAAAAAAAAAAAAAAAAAAAAGACAAACAGCAAAUCAACUCUGUAAGACUCUCAUCCAUACAGCAUUUUGUUUUCAUCCAUGUAUAUUUAACCAUUGAAUGAAAGGGCACUGAUCAGUUCUGCAAGUCUGGAUGUUACAUUACAAAUGUUAUGGAAAAGUCCUUUUCAUAAGAAAAUAUAACAUAGUUGUGGAAUUUUACAAUAAAAUGGUUACAUUUCUCAC